AUCGGCGAGACGCGUCUGCAGAACGCGAGCCUCCUCUUGCCUCUUCCUUUCACGUUCUUUGCUCCUACGUCUCUCUACGUUCAGUCAUGAUGCAGGCCGGCGGACAAACACCAAUCUUUGUGAUGAACACCGCGCCCGAGAGGCAGUCGGGACGGAAAGCACAGAUUUCCAACAUCACCGCUGCGAAGACCGUUGCGGAUGUCAUCCGAACAUGUCUGGGUCCGAAAGCCAUGCUCAAGAUGAUUUUGGAUCCUAUGGGUGGUAUUCUGUUGACAAACGACGGAAACGCCAUCUUGCGGGAAAUCGACGUCGCACAUCCCGCAGCAAAGAACAUGAUCGAGCUCAGUCGGACACAGGACGAGGAGUGCGGUGACGGAACCACGAGUGUCAUCAUCCUUGCUGGCGAGAUUCUCGCCCAGUCUCUAUCUCAGCUCGAGCGCGACAUCCACCCGGUGGUCAUCAUCUCCGCGUACAACAAGGCUCUCAAGGAGGCCCUCGAGAUCAUCAAGAAGAUCUCCAUCCCCAUCGAAACCAAUGACGACGCGCAGAUGCUCUCCCUCAUAAAGACGUCCAUCGGCACGAAGUUUGUGAUGCGCUGGUCCGACCUCAUGUGCAAGCUCGCGCUCCAGGCGGUUCGCACUGUCGCAAUGGAGGAGGGGGUCACCAAGACCGUCGACAUCAAGCGGUAUGCACGCGUCGAAAAGAUCCCGGGUGGUGAGAUCGAGGACAGCAAGGUGCUCAGCGGGGUCAUGGUCAACAAGGACAUCACGCACCCCAAAAUGCGCAGGCGGAUCGAGAAGCCGCGGAUCGUCCUGCUGGACUGCCCGUUGGAGUACAAGAAGGGCGAGUCGCAGACGAACAUUGAGAUUUCGAAGGAGGCGGAUUGGAGCAGGAUACAGGAGAUUGAGGAGGAGCAGGUCAAGGCGAUGGUGGACAAGAUCCUGGAGUUCAAGCCUGACCUAGUCAUCACCGAGAAGGGUGUCUCUGACUAUGCGCAACACUUCUUCUCCAAGGCGAACGUCUCCGCCAUCCGACGAGUACGGAAGUCCGACAACAACCGCAUCGCGCGUGCUGUCGGCGCCACUAUCGUCAACCGCGUGGAGGACCUUCGCGAGGCCGACGUCGGCACCAAGUGCGGCCUGUUCAACAUCGAGAAGAUUGGCGACGAGUACUUCACGUUCCUCACCGAGUGCACGACCCCGAAGGCGUGCACGAUCCUCCUCCGCGGCCCAUCAAAAGACAUACUCAACGAGAUCGACCGCAACCUCGCGGACGCAAUGUCCGUCGCGCGUAACGUGGUCUUCAACCCCAUCCUCGCCCCCGGGGGAGGCGCGACGGAGAUGGCGAUCAGUGUUGGUCUGCAUGCCAAGGCGAGGAGCAUCACGGGCGUGGAGAAUGGGCCCUUCCGUGCCGUCGCUGAUGCGAUGGAGGUAAUUCCGCGGACGCUGGUGCAGAACAGCGGAGGUAACGCGAUCCGGGUACUCACUGAGCUUCGGGCGAAGCAUGCCAAUGGAGAACACUCGUGGGGUAUUGAUGGCGAGACAGGGAAGAUCGUGGACAUGAAAUCCUACGGUCUUUACGAAUCUGCCAGCGUCAAGAUUCAAAUCCUCAAAACGGCCGUGGAGGCUUCGCGUGUGCUUCUGCGCGUCGACGAUGUCGUGCAAGCAACGCGGAAAGAGAGAGAAAGUGGUGGCGGAGGCGCGCCCCAGGAGGAGAUGAUGGGAGAAUAAGUAUCCUGGCGUAGUAAAUGAUUAAUGUGUACUAGGUCCUCAGAAGUACGUGCUCCUUUUGGCUUGCUC